CGCAAUUGCCCGAUUUCAAAAUGGCGGUUCGCCGUUCCGCCCGUCUGCGACGCACCCAGGCCUCCGAGGUAUGGCACAUCAUCCAUUCCAACGCACACACAAAUCAUCAUCAUCCCACCUUCUGACCCAGCAACGCCUCGACAUUGUCAGGUUGGGUUUGCGUUUCACCAUCGCUUCAAUAUCCUUGCUUUAUUAUCGAUCAAACUAAUCAAUUUUGUCUUCUUUUUUUUGUAAUUGCAGGAGCCUCAGCCUCAGCCUGAACAAGUCAACAAACUCUCCGCCGUCAUGGAGCGCGACGAGACGCCCGACGUCCAAGCGCCCACUACCGUCCAGACUCCUGUCAAGACUCCAAGCGAUAAGACUUCCAUUAACAAGACUCCCACUGCUGCCAGUGAAAAGAGACCCACGGUUACCAGAACUCCCAGCGCCAAAACUCCCAGCGACAAGAAUGUCAGUAGCAAAACCCCCAACAAAACGCCCAGCGAGCAGGCUGGUACCAAGACUCCCAACAACAAAACUCCCAAUGCCAUCAGCGAAAAGAAAUCUGCCGGUGCCAAAACUCCCACCAGUGCUGCCGUUUCUCGUCCCUCCCACAAUUUCAUGCACCCAAGCAAGGUGCACCAGAGUACCACCAAGCAGGCGGACUCGGGAUUGAUACUCGGCUUCAACCCCGUUCAGAGAGACGCCAAUGGAAACAUUAUCAAAGAAAACAUCGCCCAGAACACUCCGACCAAAUCAAGGGCUUCUCCUGCCAGCCAGUAUGGUACUCCCGGCUUCGACUUCAAGUUCGCCUGCCAGGAGUCCGAGCUAAGCGACGAGGCCAAGAAGCUGAUGGAGAGCGUCCGUGAAGAUGUCGCCCGAAUCAAGUCCCAGAUGGUCCUCGACAAGGGAAAUGAAACUUCCCAGGAACAGCAGGGUGAAAACCGAAAGAUCGCGAAGCCUAUGGGCAAAACUAGUCGUUUCAGCAAUGCUCAUAUGGCCGAGUUUAAGAAGAUGGAUUCUAUUGCCGGACACGCAUCCGCGUUCAGAGCCACACCCGGUCGCUUCCAGCCCGUUCAGGGCAAGACUCUUAAGCGGACCAACUCCAAGGCGCGCCUCGACGAGCCCGACAGUCAGAAUUCGCCUUCCAAAUCGGCUGUUAAGCCUUCGGCACCGGCAGCGUCUGGUGCUAAGCGUGUCAAGCACGACAAGACCGAUGACACUUCUACCCGUCGUCCGGCAUCCAAGGAAGAAAAUGCGCCGAAGCCUACACCGAAGCCCACCCCUAAGUCUGCCAUUGCACGCCCCAGGCCUGCAGCCCGCAGCUCCCUCAUGACCCCAACAAAAUCCUCCGCCGCCCGGCUCUCGUCUGCAACUGUCAGGCCAUCCAGGGCCUCCAUGAUUCCUUCGUUGACUCAGUCUCCGGCCGGAAAGACUGUUGCCUCCCCUCGCACUCCUCGCACCGAUUUCAACCCUCGGCUUAAGAGCAACUUGCCAACGCUGAGUGGUCUCAAAUCAAUUCUUCGUCACCGCCAGCCCUUGUUCUCCCGGGACCCGGCUAAGAUUGCCGCCGGAACCCACGCGGCAGCCCCCGACUUCAGUUCAAAUCUCCUCUUGGGUGGGGCCAGGGAAGGCACUCCCACUGAAGAGCCAACUCAGACCCCGUCGCCUAAGAAGCGCGUCGUGUUUACACCGUGCACCAAAUCUCCCUAUGAGCUGGCUCAGGCAUCUCCUUCGCCGUCCAAGAUUCCCACCGCUCAGCCAGUUUCGUCCGAUGUGGUUUAUCCCACUCUGCCAACUUUGACACCGGAGAAGGAGUCGGCCGCUGCGCAGUCUGCUCCUAGCAAACAGAAAACUCCAACAAUCCGUCAAGUCCGUCCUUCCGACGUCGCCCCUAAAGCUACUCCUGUUCCUGAGAUCUCUGGUGUGCUUCAUGGCAUUGGCAACAAGAAGAGACAGCGUUCAGAGACGGAUGAUGAAGCUGACUCGGAGAAUGUGCCUCCUGCGGACCCCACUGACGAGCGCAGCGCGAAGAGAGUCAAGAUGAACACUCCAAUUCAGCACAAGGCCCCUACUCCCAGCCCCGUGAAGGUUCGCACUACGAACACGCCCCUUCGAAAGACCUCGGGCUCAGCCGCUGGAACCCCUGCGAGCGCGAGACAAAGGAACAGGGGUGUGCUCAGCCUCAGCCGUUUGCACAUGCUCGCCAAACCCAAGGGCCGAUCUUAAGGAUUGAGCAGUGAAUCUGUAAAUUCUGUUUUGCCUACUUAUGGGCGAAUUACUCAAGUUUGCAUUUACAAUUGUUGAGGUGCACAUAAGAUGGCCGACUUCAUUUCUUCUACACAUCUUCCUUUUUCAUACAAUCUAUCAAGGGCCGCAAGACGUCCAAGGUUGUGGGUGUGUUUGUGUAUUUAAUUGAUCUCUGGGGCUGGUCUUUGUUUUUCUCUUUUUCUUUUCUUUUCUCUCUUUUUUCUUUCUUGUUCAAAUGUUAGGAAAGACUGGCGCUUGGAUGCAUCUGGUAUGAAAGGAAUUACCUGGCAAUGGCGUUCUGUCUUUUAUGUUUCAAUUCUUUGUUCUUGGAUGCUUUCUUUUGUAUCUAUUUCCUUUUUGUCGACUUCGAC